AUGAACGGGACCGUUUAUGAUGAUGAUGAUGACGACAACAGAUCAUCUGUCGUCCAGAAUCAGGCAAGCAAAAGAAAGGGAGAAGAUAGCAGUGGAAACCACACCCGCGCGAAGCGGAAUCGUUACAUCUCCAUUGCAUGUCUCAAAGAUUCCACUGAGUUCCAAGAUAUGAGGAUGCAUAUCGCAUCUUUACAGCAACAAGUCGAUAUGCUAUUUGCCAACCUCAAUUCGCUUCGACAGCACCCAAAUACUUCUAACUGUAGCCACGAGACAACAUACCCUACCAGCGAAAACCAAGUGUUACCGACAAGCGGACAACUAUCCUCGAUUUCUUCGCCUCACCGACAGCGGAGAAGCGUCCCGCGGUUUCAUGGACCCACCAGCUCCGCAUACGGGUUUGACGUUGCAAAUUCAACGUUACAAACCAUGGGAAUCACCCAAGGAUCGGCAAUUGAUGAGGCUGGUAUGCUCGAUGACAGAACAGCAACAGCUUCGCCUCUUGGCCUCGUCUCUCCCCAUACUUCCAAAGAUCCGCUCUGGUCGAUAAGUCGGAAAGAGGCGGUAAGACUUUGCAGAGUCUACGAGGAGGAGAUUGGCAUAAUGUACCCAAUUUUUGAUAUCGAGGCUUUGAUAGAGCAUGUUAACAGGCUGUGGACUUUUCUUGAGGCCGCAUUGAAAUCUGGGAUCGGAAACAUGCCGGGGGCUGACACCAUAGAUGACGACGAAACUAACCUGCUAAAGAUGAUACUGGCGGCUGCGUUGGUUGUGGAAGGCAACGGACAAAGCGAUCUUGGUCUGAAGAUUUUUGAUUCGUUGAAGCCUGCAUUGACCGCGAGGUUCUGGGGUCCGACGGACACAAAGGGACUAUCGUUGCUAUGCGUUGCUGCCAUGUAUUAUUUCAACAGAGGUGACGAAGGUCAAGCGUGGCGCCUUAUCGGUGUUGCUGCUCGUUCAUGCAUUGAGAUGGGGCUUCAUCGCAGGGAAUCAUUGUUGAAGUCCUUCAAUAACGAAGCGGAGUAUGUUUCUGCAACAAAGCUCUUUUGGAUUGUCUACGCACUUGAUCGACGAUGGAGCUUCGGAAUGGGCAUGCCUUUCGCUCUUCAGGAUGCGGAUAUUGACCCAAGCCUACCAGAGCCUGAUGGUUCCAGCCCCUAUCUGCAACAGAUCACGAAAUACAACCAUAUCGCCUCCAAGAUCUGGUACUAUAAUAUUUCGCAUGAAACCGGCCCUAAUGCCAGGGGUGAUGAUAUUGGGUUCCUCGACUAUCAACUAUUACAAUGGUACAAAGACGUUCCAGAGAGCUUGCAAUUCAAUCGAAGCGAGAUGGCCAGCGAGGAAGCAAUCCCGAAUCGUGGCCGCCGGCGAUUGCGGUUACUGCUAUAUCUGCGUGCAAACCAGGCAAGGAUAUCGAUUUAUCGGCCGAUCUUGAAUUCCGCAACCAGCAUCAUAGAAAAUCUCCGCAAUGCAAGGACUGUUGUCGACGUGGCCAAGGACACAAUAUUAGUGUUGACCCGAAUUAAUCAGACCACUGAUAUCUACCGUACUCAGCAGGUAUGCUACAAUUAUUUCUUAGUGCAAUCGCUUGCAGUCAUCUUUCUGGCGGUAGCUCAUGCACCUGCCGAAUUUGCUGGAGGAACUCGUGACGAGUUUUAUGCUGCCCUGGAUCUUGUCAAAGGCUUCAGUACGAAGUCAUAUAUCUCGAAAAAGUUAUGGCAGACCAUUAGAGGCCUAAGGGAGGUAGGUGAGAAAAUCGGCCUACUCGCUAGGAACGGUCACUCUGCAUCAGACCAGGAAGGGGAGGUUGCAGACGCUCAUUCGAAUGCUGCCGUAGCAAUGGCUGGUCUUGCUGGGCAUCCCAUGGAGGAACUUGCAAUGCUCAAUAGUGGCCUAAGGAAUACCGCUUCGGAGCUUGGUGCCAGUCCACUGGAUGGCCAACAACUCACCAACGAGUUGACGAAUCUGUUCGAAUUGGCGGGGGGAUAUCCCAACUUCAUGGGCUCUUCGGCGAACGGAGAUAUACUCAAUGGUUAUGCUGGUACAAACAGUGAAAGUCAGGCAGGGGCAGAAGGGAUGAGCAGCGUCUUUGGGAACGAACAAGAAUUCUCCAGGAUCAUGGGCGAGCUUUUCUGA